AUGUCAAAGCGUUACCAGAACGAGAUUGGUGUGAUGGAAGACGAGCGCGAUUGCCGCGUAGGAACCGAGCACUACAAAUCAAUCAACAUCACAGGUCCAGUGGGAGACAUCAGCUCAGCUUCACUAAGAGACGACUGCAUUUCAGCAUUUUAUGUCUUGCUCGAACUCUACUGCGGAAAACUACCUUGGGACCACCUCGAGCGACAUCAAAGAGAAGAAUUGUACAACGCAAAAGUUGAUUACCUUGAUGAGGAAAAAUGGAAUGCCCGGUUUCCAGAACUACUGCCGUUUUGGUCGAUUUUAAACGAACUUCACAAGCUUGAUUUUGCCGGAAAGCCACAAUACAGUACGAUCAAGCAAAUUUUAGACGAAAUGAAAAACCAUCGAUACUACCGCCCAGCUGAAUAUUUGGACUGGCUCAUCGAGGAGAAUGGAUUCGACGUUCUCUGGUAG